CCGUCGCCUGCCCAGCGCUCAGCGCUCCAGACUGGGGACAGUUGAACUGCUCCCAUCUCCAUGAGGAUUUUGCCUUUGGUUCCACAUGUGCCUUCUCCUGCCAGACGGGGUUUGCGCUGAUGGGGCUGGAAAGCCCCACUGCCUGCCCAGUGCUCAGCGCUCCAGACUGGGGACAGCUGAACUGCUCCCACCUCCACGGGGACUUUGCCUUUGGCUCCACUUGUGCCUUCUUGGUUCUGAUGGGCCCAGAGAACCGCGAGUGCACAGCCACAGGGACAUGGACAGGGGACACCCCACGCUGUGAAGCCAUCACCUGCCCGGUGCUCAACGCUCCACACCAAGGAAAGCUGAACUGCUCCCACCUUCACAGAGCCUUCCCCUUUGGAUCCACAUGUGCCUUCUCCUGCCAGACGGGGUUUGCACUGAUGGGGCUGGAAAGCCGUGAGUGCAUGGCCAUGGGGACCUGGACUGGGGACACCCCACGCUGUGAAGCCACUGCCUGCCCAGUGCUCAGCGCUCCAGACUGGGGACAGCUGAACUGCUCCCACCUCCACGGGGACUUUGCCUUUGGUUCCACAUGUGUCUUCUCCUGCCAGACGGGGUUUGCACUGAUGGGAUCAGAGAACCGCGAGUGCACAGCCAUAGGGACCUGGACAGGGGAGCCCCCACGCUGUGAAGUGUGCCUCUUGCCCUGCAGCCAUCGUGUGCUAGGCGCUCCAGACUGGGGACAGUUGAACUGCUCCCACCUCCACAGGGAUUUUGCCUUUGGUUCCACAUGUGUCUUCUCCUGCCAGACGGGGUUUGCGCUGACAGGGUCAGAGAGCCGCGAGUGCACAGCCACAGGGACCUGGACGGGAGAUGCCCCACGCUGUGAAGCCAUCGCCUGCCCAGUGCUUAGCACUCCAGACUGGGGACAGUUGAACUGCUCCCACCUCCACAGGGAUUUUGCCUUUGGUUCCACAUGUGUCUUCUCCUGCCAGACGGGGUUUGCGCUGACAGGGUCAGAGAGCCGCGAGUGCACAGCCACAGGGACAUGGACUGGGGACACCCCACGCUGUGAAGCCAUUGCCUGCCCAGUGCUCAGCGCUCCAGACUGGGGACAGCUGAACUGCUCCCACCUCCACAGGGACUUUGCCUUUGGCUCCACUUGUGCCUUCUCCUGCCAGACGGGAUUUGUGCUGAUGGGGUCUGAGAGCCGCGAGUGCACAGCCACAGGGACAUGGACAGGGGAUGCCCCACACUGUGAAGCCAUCGCCUGCCCAGUGCUCAGCGCUCCAGACUGGGGACAGCUGAACUGCUCCCACCUCCACGGGGACUUUGCCUUUGGCUCCACAUGUGCCUUCUCCUGCCAGACGGGGUUUGUGCUGAUGGGGUCAGAGAGCCGCGAGUGCACAGCCAUGGGGACCUGGACUGGGGACACCCCACGAUGCAAAGCCAUCAGCUGCCCGGUGCUGGACCCGCCCAGCCGGGGCCAGCUGAGCUGCUCUCACAUGCACGGCAACUUCACGUACAACUCCACGUGCACCUUUUCCUGCGAGGAGGGGUCUGUUCGGAUGGGAGCAGAGUUGCUGUUGUGUGCAGCCACGGGGAACUGGACCAGGUUUCCCCCAGUUUGUGCAGAGAACGGUGCCCCCUUCUUAAAGCAAAUCCUGGCCUACAGCAGUGGUGCAGCUCUGGGGGUAGCUGGCAUCGUGCUCUCGGGGACGCUCAUUGCCCUCCUUGCCAAGCGGCUCAGCGACAGAGAGGAGAAGAAGAAGCUCCUGAACCCCACCAG